GUUUACAAAGCGAAGGUGUGCAGCCCAUCAGGCUGCUUCGAGAGGGUGUGAUCAGACAGGUAGUAGCGACUCCGCCCAUGAGAGGCACUACCGCUGUGAUGGCCUUUGCGCCAUUUGCACGCCAAACGCGGCGAGUGUGUGCUUUGUUCUCAUGCUUGCCACCUGCCAAGAUGGCGAUUGCCAUCAGAGGUUGCAAGGGAAAGGCAAAAGCAACGGACGUUAAUUCAUCGCAGCUAUCGGAGGGCUCGUAUUUUUCAACUCGGAAGAGAGUUGCAUCUACAUCCGCUUCGCCAUCCACCAUCGGAAGCCGUACAACACUCCCAGUUGCAGGUUCACGCGGACCAUGGAAGCCAGGCAGGCCAAUACGCUUCGGGGAUGGUGAUGCUGUAUCGGAAGCAGCUCCUUCAGCGCAAAUCGCUCGCACUCCUGUGCAGCGGUGGCAAGCAAGACAGGAGAUAGAUUUGGAGAAGGAUCGUCUCGAGAUAAACCUUCAGGCGUAUUCAUACAAGCGACCCCUAGGCCACUCGCUUGCCGUUGCCGCAAAGUUAUCAGGAACUCCCCAGCAAUCGCAAAGAAACGCGCCGAGUCUUCGCUACACUGCAGACUUGUCAGAAGCAGAGGAAGUGCUGGCGUGCCUAGGAGCGGGGCCACUGGGCUUUGACAUGGAAUGGGAUAUUAGCACCCGCAGAGGGCAGCCGGAGUGCCCAACCGCCGUGGUGCAGAUAUGCUCAGCAUCGCUAAUCGUCGUGCUUCAUAUAUCAGUCAUGAAGCAGAUUCCCCUCGCGCUACAGAGGAUUCUUACCGACCCGGGUAUCAUUAAGUGUGGCGUCGCGAUCGGAAAUGAUGCUAAGAAGUUUGCCAGGGACUUCGCUAUAGGAAUUCGGAAUGCUGUCGAGCUUUCUCAACUCGCCAAAGUUGCAGCACCUGAAGAAUGGGCCGGACGGAAGCACCUCAUCUCCCUGCGUGAUCUCUGCCGCGUGCACCUUCAACAGAAAUUGCUCAAGGGCGAAGUCAGAACGAGCACAUGGAGCAAGCCGCCUUUGACAAAAAGUCAAAUUGAAUACGGCGCAUGCGACGCGUAUGUUGGACUCGAGCUUCUCUCCUUCUUCAUCACAACUCUGCAGCAACGCGCAAUAUCUUCCGAACCCGCGGGAGUCGACUGUGAAAAGCUCUACGAGGCUGCAUCAGCAACUGUUCAGCCUUUGCAUCCCAAGGUUUUGCGGGCACUCCAGGAGAGUGCUCUUCAGAAUCCUUUCGCAGCCCAGAAGGCUGCGGGCAAGGUCAACGCGACAGUCACGAUCAGCGCAACACGUGGCAAUGACAGGCUCGUCCAGCAGCAAAUCAAUUUGUCGAGCAGAAGCGUGUUGUCACCAUCUGCCGCAGUGGAUGCUGCUCCAUCUGCUUUCGUGCCGACAUAUCAACAAGCAUUCCACUUGUGGCACGAAAAGUCCCUCUCGGUCGGGGCCAUCGGCCGCUAUAUGAGGUCCGAUGAGUAUCCAUUGAAAGACACGACCGUUGUGGGGUACAUUCUUCGCGCCUUGGACGAGAUGCGGGACGUGUCCGUUACCCCGAAAUUGCAGCAGCGCUUGAAAGAUGCAGUCUCCGGACCUGAUCUGUCUUUUGUGCGCCGCAAGUACAAAAAGUUGCUGCGGAAACUAGGCCUCGUGGGCGAGGCUGACAAGGUAUUGGAGGUCAUAGUCGUCGAUGACUCUUCAGUGAAUCCAAAAGACUGAAGCGAGCAACGUAUGUAUCACACUCUCUAUGAUCUAUAAUUCACGCGCAGAGUCAAUCUACGCGAAUGCACCAGCAG